GUCGUCGUCGUCAGUCGAUAAUCGUCAGUCGUCAGUCGCCGGUUGUCGUCGCUUUCCGUUUUCCUGGCCGCCGUUUCGAUGCAGUCGUUGCAUUCACCUGAUGUGCAUGAUGACUGCAUUGCCUUCUGCAAGGCGAUCUGGGCCCCCCCUCUUCGUCGCAUCGCACAGCCUUCCUGCAGCCCCAUUGGCCAUUCACACCUGUCAAAUCCUCCCUCUCACGCCAACGCCGCGAGAUGCUUCCAUCUGCCAUCUAGACAUCUCGCGCGCGUGCCGCUCGCUGCCCCGGGCACCCCAGUUCGCCCUGCCAGGCCCAUCGCAAGUCGCGGAGCAGCCUCUCCCGGUCCAGAUCGCAGCGCGCCUCGUGCCAUGGCUCGAACGGUCCGACCGCUCACAUCCCGGGCCUGGCUUCCGCAACUGGCAACGUUGCUCGGAGCUUGACGCUCGCUCGCUUCGAGAGCCUUCCCUUCGCCGGCGAAACGUUGCAUUCGGCCGCAACAGAGUGGGGAGAGAUGAGGAGGCGACGAGGUGGAGGAGGCCCGACGCCCACUCGCUGCUCAUCUCCAGCGCGCCCACACCCAAUCCCCGACGCCUGGCUCCGCUCCCCAUCCUCUCCCACCUCCAUAGUCUCCGUACUUUCUCCGUACGGGGAGAUGAACCCCAACUUCGCGUGACAUCCAGCCCCAAUCGUCCCCAGAAUUCCAUAGGCAGUGACGUAGCUCGCAAGGAAGAAGCCGGUUGGGCACCAGCGCGCCCGUGUCGCAGCCGGUUUUGGCGUCGAAUGGGGGGGUCCUUCCCGUUUCAUCGUGUAGAUUGCGCUUCCUACUUGCUACCCCUCAUCUCCGCGAUGACGGCAGCGUCGACGAUGCGGGCGCGUGAUGUUGAUGUUCGCGAUCGUGAGGGGGAGGGAGCUGGGGGAGCUGGCCCCGGCUGGGAAACGCGAAGCGAGCCCGGGUAGCGACGGAUCUGCCGUCGCAGCUGGUCUGUUGGUUCUUCGCGCCGAUCCUCCGCGCGACAACAGACGUCGGUACAACUGGCAGUGGUGAGAGGGCAUAUGACAACGUCAUGAAGCCCACACAUGAUCGCUCAUGAAUGUGAGAGGAUUGUCCGCGUGCCAAUCCAAUGUGACGAGACGACGGUGGUUUCGUUUGCGGGAAAUAGCGACGGCGCCGUUAAGUCUGGGUGGUGUUCAGUUCGCACAGCAUGCGACGGGUCGUUCUUGCUGCAACCCAGUGACGGUCAUGCAGCAGAGUAGCAUCGCCAUCCAUGAAGAC